AUGGCGGCAGAGCCCGAACUGGUGUUUGUGGUGGCUCCGCCAGGUGACGACGGACGUGUAUACCAUGCAGCAGUCGGGCGUGAGCGGGUCCGUCGGCUGUCUCCGGCCGAGGUCUUUGCUAGCGAGUCUGGGCCUGCCCGCAGCAGUGGUGGUGGUGAUGGCGGUGCGGACGGAAGGCACUUGUCGCUGCGGAUGGUGGUCAAUCGGGUGAAGGAGAUGCUGAUGAAUGGCGAGGAGGUGCUGAUCGACGACGAUGGGGAUAGGGUCAAGCGCCGGGCUGCCUUUGUGGCUCUCCGGACCAAGAUCCCUCGCCUGCGCAUCCGCUUUGUCGCUCUCGAUCCGGCUGGCGGUCGCGCCCAGCUCCUCUGGGCCGCCGCCGCCCGCUCAGGCCCACUGCUGCUUCUGGAGCGCAUUGCCGCUGUUACAGACGGAUGGUAUGGCCCGAUGACCACCGCUGGCCGUGAUGUGCUCUCUGAGCCGCCGCAGGCGUGGACCUCGAUCCGCGGCUAUCCAAGCCAGCCGGACGAGCGGUACGAUGUGCUCGACGUCAUCCGUCUCCCGCUCAUCCUCCCCGGCGAGAAGACUGAUCCAUGGCCGGCACUGGUCUUUGACGCAGAAGUUGUUUUUGAUGUCACGCCUUCGUCGCAUCAUCUCUCUGUGGCGCCAGUUGUCAUUCGGCCGCGCACCCUUGCCGCGCUGCGGGUCUGGAUCGAGUCGCUCCCGUGCUCGCGCAUUGUGCUGGUCGUCAACGAGCUGCUGCUGUUCAACGGCGGGCUCUCAUCGGAGCUUGCACCAUCGGUUGUUCACAACCAACUGCCGAUCGGCACGCUUCGUGCUGCGCUGCGGACCGCAUGCUGCGAGCUGGCGGGCCUGCUGCAGACCCCGCUGUAUGCCGUGGUCUACACUCUGCCCGAGGCGACGACAGCGGCGCCACGGCAUGCGCCACCACUCACCCACGCGCUUGCCCUUCUUCAUGGGAGGCACCACCUUGACCUCGAUCUAGUCAUGUGCGUCUCGGCGUCGUCAGAUCGGAUGGAGCCGGUCCUCGCCAUGGGCAUCCACGCCUUGCUCGGUUCGUCGUUUGUAGACACGCUCGGCAUGCGUCGAGGAACCUCUUUCCAUGGGCCGUCCAUCUCUAAGCUACGCAGCUUGCUGCAGUUUCGGAUCGGAACAAGGCCAGCGUGGCUCGCCAACGUGGUGUGGAUGCCGUGCCCCGAGUCGACAUUCCCGGUGUCCUGCGCUCCUUCGUCAUACGGCGUCAGAGAUGACUCUGCUGUCAACAGAGCAUUCUCGCUGGAGCUCGACUCCGAGUCGGAUGGCGAAGAGAGAGCAAGUUGGACCAAAAGCGCCAGUCUGGAUGCCUUUCCUCUCGCUCCUACCGGCGGUGCUGGCCGCAAGGGCGCGGUCAUGUCCGAGGGUGGCGUGGAGCCUGGGCCAGAGGCAGGCGUUCUUCACCUCGGCAUCUUUCCGGCCAAAUGGCCAGCCGAGGGGCAGGCUAGCGCACGCGAGGCCGGCAUGCUUGACGUCGAUGCGAGUGCGGCGGCCGAGGCUGUCGGGAUGGCGCCGUGCGAGCGGUGGGAGUUCAAGCGAGUGUGCAAGAUAGUGCCUGAUCCGGACUGGACGCUCUCGACUGUCCAUCCGGAUGGCUACCUCUGGGACCACUUGCAGGUGCAGCAAGUUGCAGUCGAGAUAGCUGGCGGCAAGCGGCACUCGGUAGAGAGCGGCAUGCACCUGGCCCGCAAGUUUCGGGCGCGGUUUACCAACGUCUGUUGUAAGGGGCCGCUCAUUCUCGGCACAAUGGCCGGCACCAUGCCCGACCCGUACUCGGUGUGGAUCAAGUUUGCCUUUGCUCACCAUCCGCCGCACGCUCCGACUGGCAUCAAAGCCUUUGGCUGCUCGUGCCCCGCGGCGGCAAAGUCCCGGCAUGCAUGCAAGCACGUCGUGGCGCUGCUCAUGCUCCCAGUCUGGGCGUCGAAGCACACGCCCGGGUCCACAGAGCCGCCCAUCAUCUCACCGGAAAAGUCACCGAGCUCGCGCAAGCUGCGGGACGCCAUCCUCUCGGGCGCCGCCGGAGUUCCGUCGAAGACCGAGGCGGCUGCCUCAAACUCGCUGUCGAUGGGCUCAUCGUCGCAGCCGUUGACGCCGUCGCUGGUGCGGCCGUCACAAGAGAGCGCCUCCCUUGCGAGAAACCACGCUCCACCUGUUGCGGCUCACGCGCCGGCGAAAGCUAAACACGACGCGCCGGUUGUCCCACUCCACCGGCCACCGGACACGCACGAACUGCUGGCCAAGGUUCCGGCUGAAGUCGAGCCGCAGCCCGGCGAUCGCAUGUACUUUGACGCCGGCGGCAACUUUACUUUUCGGCGCACGACCUGCUUGACAUGGCGCUCGAGACGGAACUCGCUGUCACUGAAGGCGCGAAUUUCGGAACUCUCGGCCGCGCUGACCGAGAGUGAGUCGACGCCGGCGCCGACACCGUUCCAUCCAAGCUCUCCGCUACGAUUGACCGAGUCUGUGGCAUCGUUUCCUGCGUCGGAGAGCAGCCCACCGCAGGCGCUCAAAUCACCGGCCCGGCGGCCGCUCUCGCUUCUUGCAGAUGCGUUUUCGGAGCCGAGCGCCGAGGCUGGGGUAUCGCUGGCAGCUUUCGAUGACGAUGACGAUGGCGCGGCUCGCAAGCGCAAGCGUGAAGCCAGCCCGCUGGCACCACCAAGACCACCGCCCAAAACGCGGCCGACAACCGUAGUUGCGCCGUCGGACUCGGACUCGGACUCGGAUUCGAGCUCUGGCGCGCUGCUCGGCCUGCUGUCAAAGCAUGGGCUCAUCGAGUAG